AUGUUCGGUAUUGGUGAUAUCGCAUUAUGCGCACUCAAUUUCUGCCGAGCCCUACUGAUAGACAGGAACAUGGCCAAGGCGUCUGGCCACUCUUUUGACGGCCUACCUUACCCAAAGAGCACUUUAGAGGCCCUCAAAGAUCAUAUUGUAGUCAAUCAAAUCCUUUUCUCCAUCACCUGGUUGAGAAGCGCAUGGACCUGGAUGCUACAAGCCGGACGAUCACACAUGGCAUGUUACGACGACACAGACCAUUGCGGAAGAGUUUUGCCGGCCGGAAUUGCAAUAGAGAGUCGGAAUUUCAAGCGAGAGAACCCGGCGAUGGACCGGACUUCCUCGGCCUUGAAACCCCACAUCAACGGUGCCUGGGCUGAGCUACAUUCGGAACUCUCCCACCGGAAGGAAGAUUGCAGUCGGUUUAAGGUCUCAACAAGCAUCCCAUGCCAAAGAACUUCGGAAAAGAUCCAGGAACUCAGCGAAAAAGCGUUCGGGGUCCUCGCAACUCGUAUAGACACUUUUUGGCCUCCGGUGGUUAGAAAACUUGUCUGCCGUCGGAGGUUUUCCAAUUCGGCCAUCCCGAGCGGACAGAUGUCCGGAUUGGUAAUCCGGCAUUUGACGAAUACUCAAUUAGGCUCAGAGAUUUCCAAACUGGACAUCUUGGGAGGAGAUAAUUGCCAAAUUAAGCUGCUUUUCGGCAACUCGUCGAACGCCCACCGCUCCCUGCUACUCAAGAUGAUUGAAGCCUAUGUCCUGCCUUUUUUUCCGCCGGCAGGGCUGGAGAAACUCAGCUUUGACGAACGGUGCGCUCGUUCGCUGCACCUCCUAGGAGCUGGUUAUGCUUGUUCUGAUUCUCGCACGUUCGGGCCGUACGCCAUACGAAAAUACUCCUUCAGCCUUUCAGAGACGUUCCGAUCCCCUGGUCUGAGCUCAAUUGACUUUGCUGGCACUCCCGAGCCAAGACCGAACUUCACUGAAGCCUCGUUCGGGCUCGCCCGCCAAGCCCCUGGCGCCGUUCAUCAUCGGUCUCUCCAUCAUGAUCGCCCUGAUGCCAUUGUCCGAUGCAAGCCAGACAUGGGUUCCUCGUCUGACCAGCCAGCCUCCACAGUCAUUUUCAAGCUGCAUACACACUACCGCCGGGGCACCAGAUGUAUAUGGUACAUACGACUUGACCUAGACCAAAAGUCCUCACGGCAAUAUGUAGGCACAAGAGAUAAGCAUAUGCAAGUUGUGAUCCCGCAACGGGCGGGCUCGCCUCGCCUCCAGGCCGCACCGCGGCAUCUGCACGAGAACUGGGCAAUGAUCGGAUCAGGUAGUAGGCGACCGUCAGACGGCAGGAUGAUCACCUAUAUUGGCGGAGGAGUGGCGGAAAGCUCCAGAUUGGGGUUGUCCAGCCCCGAUCCUGACCUCCCUCACACCUCAAGACUGAUGUGCCAUUCAUACUAUGUAACCCCUCACCUCCCCUAUCCCCCGCUCGCCCACUUUCCCAUUUACCCCAACUGGCAGUUAGACUGGUGCUGGAUACCGCCGCCGGAUCGUCAUGGGUGUGUGCGGAUCGAGACGACUGGGGUGCCUGGGGAAGUUGGUAGGGCCUUGCCGGGACUGCGAUUCCGAGGCUUGAAACAUUACGCUAGAAGCAGGGCCGAUUCCCAACGGGCCUUACGGCGCGACGGCAAACUCUGCCCUUGGCUCCAUAGUGGUCCUUUCGAAAAGACAGGCCGCUUCUCUAAGAUGGUCAUUGACAUCUUUCAGGGGAACAACCCCAGAGCCGUGGGAAAAGACCUGUUCAUUUCGGUGGCAUUCAUGGCGCCGAUCCAGUUGCGAGCAUGCAUCGCACGGGACAUCUGCCCCAACCACCUUGAUGUUGACGCCCAUCUCGCCAAUGUCGGGGUCUGGACCCGAUGCCGCGAAAGACUUUCCGCGAUUAUGCGUUACACUGUGAACAUGAGAGUCGGUGGCUUCGGCCGGGACACGAUACUUCCCGUCCCUGGUGAUACGAAAGGACGUGUUCACUGUGGCCAUGGGUUCACCUUGUGCAAUAGCCCCGACUUUCUUGCCGUGUUAGUGGCCCAAGCCCGAGGUAUGGGCUCCGGCCCGCCGAUGGUCAAAGCCAACCUUUCGGCCUGCAAUGCUAGCUUGACGGUCGCCCUUUUUGGGAGGCUCAGCCUCUGGAGUAGGGAUCGUCUUCCCGUCGUCCGGAUUGCCCAGCCGUGGCGUUGGGAAUCAACAGGCCCAGAGGUUGUCAAACCGGACCUUUUGAUUGCAAGAGAGUCUUUCGAGGUGAUUCGCAUGGACAAGGAUACGUUCGGCACUGUGCCGAAGGCUCACAAGGAUGAAGUUGAUGUUUGGAAUACAUACGCCGUGAAAUAUGGAGUACGCAUCAACUUGCGAAUAGCUUCACGUUCCCCUUGCUGCCGAGGCGAUCUCACAAAGUUCCACGACAAGUACCUUUAG